AACUUCUUAAGAAAUUACCACCUUCUAUAAAAAAGAAUAUAUGGAAUCGACUUACUUCUAGAGUACAUAAUCCUUUGUCAGAAGAACAGGCAAGUAGUAUUUAUCCUGAUAUUGAAAUAUUGUUAAUUAGUGAAAUUGAUAAAUAUUCAAAGAAAAAAAAUUUACAGCGUCGCAUUAAAUCAAUUUUAGAUUAUUCUAGAUCAAACUUAGAUCAAACCGAGAUUAAUCUUGGAUCGAACUUAGAUCAAACUGAGACUAAUCUUGAGCCGAGCUUACAAAUAACCAAUUCUGAAGAUGAAAUCAAUGCUCGAGUUAAAGAAGCUAUGGAGACAAUGCGUCAAAGAUAUGGCUCUCAAGUCUAG